AUGAAAAUUGCCAGCAAAUUUGGUCUCCCACUACAGUCAUGUCAAAUCAUAGUUGUAUCGCCACCAUCCGCUGACUGGGAUAUAAACCUGUUAUGUGCCUUGUAUCUGGAGACUGGUUGGAUCACAACGAAAGAUAGCGAUAGCAAAUUGAUAUUGGUACCCUAUAUUGAAGCAUACGUGAACGCUUUUAAAAUACGUGAUAUGCGCAAGAAGUAUUUCCAGAGAGAGGGAAAAUACAUAUUAUUAUCUAUGCAGCCAGCGGAAGAGGGACACAAAGUUAUCUUUACAACGACCUGUUUUCAGAUGCAAUGUGCAAAAGAAUUAUGUGCAUUAUCCAAGAAGUUAGCAUUCAGUGAUUUCUUGCCUGUUCCUUCUGUUCUCGGCAGUAGCAAAUCAAUUUGUUUAUCCACCUUGAACGAGGCGCUGUGGAGAGCAAGCAUGAGCAUCAUAACAAAAUUCAGGAACAAUUACAAGAUGCAAUACGGAGUCAAUACGGAAGAUGAGCUUUCAGCUAUUGAUCCAGAAUGGCGGCAUGAAAAUCGGAAGAUUGGCGAUAUUUUGCCGUCUGCAUACUUUUCCAAAGACCAACUCCAGGGUCUUGGGGAGUAUCAGAUUAAACAUUUCCUUGUAGAUUUAACCCAGGACGUCGAUAUUCAGCAGUAUACAAAAGCAAUCUGUGAUUUGUUACAAGUAUCUUUGAAGGCAUCUCGGUUAAUCAAUGGCGCACCGGAUGGAAUUCGCAGGAUACUUCUUGGUAACGGCAAUACAGGUCCUUUGCAUUGUUUUCUUAUCGAGAAAGCCCUACUACAGGCAAAGCUCGUCAAAACUGAGGAGAGAUUUACCUUAAAUGAUACUGACCAGGGCGUGCUAUAUAGGUCGGUGAAAAUGACCCGAAUCGCCAAUGCCCUUCUCCCGCCGCUGAUUCAGGACGAAGAAGAGACUGAUGGAUUUGCAUUUAGCGAUAGAGAAGAUACUAAAAGCACUCUACUACCUUUGAACUCUUUCAAUCUACAAGCAAACAUCGAUGAGCGGCAGAUCCACUUUAUAUUAAACAAGGUGGUCAAUGCAUCAUCUUCCGCAAUUCCUGUAGAGCUGUUCACUGCGCAAGAAAGAACAGUCGAAAUGGAUCAUAUACUGGUUACAGCAUCUGACAUUAUUUGGGACCAUUAUCAACAAUUAGAAUCAGAGGGCCAUCUGGACGCAUUAAUUACCUGCUAUUCAGAGCAUGAGAACAUCACACUGACAUUAGAUUAUUACAAAUGCUUUGCCGUAAACUUGACGAAUUUUAUCGAUAACUGGGUAAAAACGACUAAUGCAUGCAAAAAGACACCUAUUUACGAUAGUUUACAUAUAGUUUCAAAACAAAAGCAUCCUCCCGUAUAA